UCCACCCCACCACCACCACCACCCGAUCUCCUCUUGUCACAGCGCCGUGCACUAACCCACUCCGCUUUCAUUCCAUCAGAGGCGCCACAUCUCCUCACACCUCCGCUGCAGACGCUGUUAGAGUAGCGCAGAGAUGGCCGGCAGCUUCACCAGGAUCCUGUCCUCCAGGCGGAACGUGGGACUGCUGUCGUUAGUCGGUGCCGGGACUGUGACGGCGGGGCUCCUGCUGCACCGCGAGCACGUCACCGCCGGAGUGCCUGUACGGAGACUGUACCCCGCCAGUGCAGAGUACCCUGACCUACGCAAGCACAACAAUUGCAUGGCCAGUCACCUAACACCUGCCAUCUAUGCCAAGCUGUGUGACAAGGCCACUCCUAACGGCUACACGCUGGACCAGGCCAUCCAGACGGGCGUGGACAACCCAGGGCACCCCUUCAUCAAGACCGUGGGCAUGGUGGCAGGGGACGAGGAGUCCUACGAGGUAUUUGCUGACCUGUUCGACCCUGUCAUCAAGGAGAGGCACAAUGGUUACGACCCCCACAAGAUGACCCACCCCACUGAUCUGGAUGCCAGCAAGAUCCAGUCAGGCCACUUUGACGAGCGCUACGUGCUGUCAUCCAGGGUGAGGACGGGACGCAGCAUCCGCGGGCUCAGCCUGCCGCCCGCCUGCACCCGGGCCGAGCGCCGGGAGGUGGAGAGGGUGGUGGUGGAUGCCCUGUCCGGCUUGAAGGGGGACCUGGCCGGGAAGUACUUCAGCCUGACUCAGAUGACCGAGAAGGAGCAACAGCAGCUCAUCGACGACCACUUCCUGUUCGACAAACCGGUGUCCCCCCUCCUGACGUGUGCAGGCAUGGCACGUGAUUGGCCAGAUGCCCGUGGUAUUUGGCACAACAACGAGAAGACCUUCUUGAUCUGGAUCAAUGAGGAGGACCAUACCAGGGUCAUCUCCAUGGAGAAGGGAGGAAACAUGAAGAGAGUCUUUGAAAGGUUCUGCAGAGGCCUCAAAGAGGUGGAGCAUUUGAUCUCAGAAAAGGGCUGGGAGUUUAUGUGGAAUGAGAGGAUGGGUUACAUCCUGACCUGUCCCUCUAACCUGGGCACAGGGCUCCGUGCUGGCGUCCACGUCAAGCUGCCCAACCUAAGCAAGGACCCACGCCUCAGUAAGAUCCUGGACAACCUCCGCCUGCAGAAGAGGGGCACCGGGGGAGUGGACACGGCUGCCGUUGGCAGCACCUUUGAUAUCUCCAACCUGGACCGCCUGGGACAGUCUGAGGUCCAGCUGGUGCAGACAGUGAUCGACGGUGUCAACUACUUGAUUGAGUGUGAGAAGAGACUGGAGAAAGGACAGGACAUCAAGAUCCCACCACCCCCUAAGCAGUUCAAGUAGACACUGACCCUUGACCUCAUCCGACAAACCCUUGGCUCAUGUGCACAUACCCCCCCCCCACACACUAUGUCCAUAGAUAUGGUUAAUAUCUAUGUCAUGGCCUCAAUUAUUCGCAUCUAUCUAAUCAACCCAUCCUGGCCCACAUAUUUGCCUCUGCAUAAUAUAAACUAGUUAUAUCAUAUAAUAUUAUAUUCAGCUACCUGUCCAGACCCAACAAGAGCCCCAGAACACUGUUUUGAGCCAACUGGUAUUUCAGUUGAACCAUAUGAAGGAUUGUUGUAUCUUAAAACUCAAAUCUAGCACAUUGCCUCAACUUCCUACAACAAGCAAAGAAGACUCAAGUGUGCACAAAAAUGAGGGACGUUGUUGUAAUGGAGCAAAAAUGGCCGCCCAUUUUGUAAUCCCUGCAGGGCCAUAACAGUAUCUGUGGCUCAGCCCCCAACGUACCUCCACAACAUUACUUGUUCUCCACAGUAAAUCCCACAUCCACUAAACCUGGCUCUGCCCUGCCUAUGUGCUCCCCCACUGCAUGUCCUUUACUCAGUGUGUUUAUUCCCACCAUCCCUGUCUAUUGGUUGGCGAUGGCUAUAACCUGGUAUGACGCUGACUAUUAACUGGUGCUUGUAUAGUUCAUCCAUUUGUGCUUUACGUCUCCAUCGUGGGUUGUAUGUACAGAAUUUUUUUUCCCCCCAUUCUGAAUGGGUCUGAAUGUAGAGGUAACCACACUGAAGACACUCAGGUUCCCCAGAGGAUUCAUACAUUAGCCAGUUGGUUCUGUCUGGGCUGGGUUCUGUACUGUAAGCUACUGAAGCAAUACCAUUUCAGCUCACCAGUGAAUGUUAUACUGUACUAUCUUUUAAUAAAGAAGUCAUCUAUUUAACUGUA